AUGGCACCGAACUCUAGGAUUAUUGAACUCGCCAAUACCAUCUCGCUAAACACGGCAAAGGUCGACGCUCAUCUACGGGAGCAUAAUCUUCCACAGCCUUCCUUUGACGCCAAUGCACCCUUGACUUCGGUGCCAGACGGCGCUCAGGAUAUUGAAAGAGCACGAAAUGCAGCCGUAGAAGCAUCCAUCGAGCUCCAGCAGCUACUCCAAGGAGUGGAUAACCUACUAACUCCACUGACAAAUAUGACGAGUCUCGCGGCCGUCUCCCGCUUUAAUAUCGCAUCGAAGGUUCCCAUUGAUGGCGAAAUUUCGUUGCCUGACCUAGCGGAGGUUUGUGGACUUUAUGAACAUGACUUAAGCCGUAUCAUACGCUUCGCCAUCUCGCACCAUCGGGUAUUCCAAGAGCCGCGGAAGGGUAUUGUUGCCCAUUCGGCCGCUUCGAGGAGACUGGCCAAGAGUGAGCAGAUGCAACAUGUCUUAGGAUUGACAUUUGAGGAGGUCUGGCCUGCGCAAGCCAAAACAGUAGAUUCGUUAGUUAAGUUUAAUAAAAGUCAGGAACCAAAUGCCUCAGGGUUUGCACUCGCAAAUGAUACAACGCUUCCAUUCUAUGAGUUUUUAGGACAACAUCCGAAACGCGCAAAACGUUUCGGUGGAGCUAUGUCCACGGGUAGCAGUUCUGGGCUCCAAGCCCUCGCGGAUAAUUUCCCGUGGGCUUCACUUCCCGACGGGGGACUCGUUGUCGAUGUUGGGGGUUCCCAAGGGCAUGUCAGCGCGUACUUGGCCGAGGCAUUCUCCUCCCUCAAAUUCAUGGUUCAGGAUCUGCCUGAAGUGAUAUCAGACAUGAGCUCUGCCUUUAAAAUCCCGGAAACAUUAGCUGACAGAGUGUCACUCAUGGACCAUGAUUUCUUUACAUCUCAGCCGCUGAAAAAUGUCGAUACCUAUCUUAUACGAUACGUGUUCCACAAUUGGUCGGAUGAGUAUUCUGUUAAAAUAUUAAGGAAUUUAAUACCUGGACUCAAGAGAGGGUCUAAUAUUGUGAUUCAGGAUCAUUUGAUGCCAGAGCCGAAUACGUUACCGUUGAUGAAGGAGAGGGACAUUCGGUCGAUGGAUCUUAUUAUGUUGACUCUUUUUAAUUCGAGAGAACGAGAUGAGGAUGAUUGGAAAGGAUUAUUCAAGCAAGCUGAUCCGAGGUUCAAAUUCGAAAGCGCUGAAAGACAAGCUCCGGACUCUCCUUCAGGAAUAAUCGUGGCGACCUGGGAGGGUUGA